CAUUUUAUGUUUGCAUAUGUGUGCUAAUAAUUGUACCACGAAUAGAUAUCCGCCAUGCUUUUAUUUAGUUUUAUGCUUACCUUAAAACAAAUAAAAUGAAAUAAAAAACAAUAUAAACAAUGGACUAUUUUCUUUCCGACAUUUUUGCGGAACAAUAGGCGAGGUCACGAACCGCCAUACGAUGGUUGUGUUGUCUAAGCAGCGUGUAAUAAAUUGAAAAUGGCAGUGUAUUACAAUUUAAAUCCCUUCUAAUUACACAUGAAUACUUAGCUGUGACUUUGCUCAAUCGUUGGUUUUAACCGAUAAUCAGUCAUCAUCACUGUACUGUUCUAGAAAAGCUGUUUCUGAGGUAGGGCAUUGAGAGGAAGGCAGGAUGGGCAAGUUGUUGUCAAAGAUAUUCGGGAACAAGGAGAUGAGGAUUCUCAUGCUUGGUCUUGACGCUGCAGGGAAAACCACUAUUUUAUACAAGUUGAAGCUCGGCCAGUCAGUGACUACUAUACCUACAGUGGGAUUUAACGUAGAAACCGUCAACUAUAAAAAUGUUAAAUUUAGUGUUUGGGAUGUUGGAGGCCAGGACAAGAUCCGUCCCUUGUGGCGACACUACUACACAGGCACCCAGGGCCUCAUAUUUGUCGUGGACUGCGCAGACAGGGACCGCAUUGACGAGGCUCGUCAGGAGCUCCACCGGAUUAUCAACGACCGCGAGAUGAGGGAGGCCAUCGUCCUCGUGUUUGCCAACAAGCAGGACCUACCAGAUGCCAUGAAGCCCCACGAGGUGCAGGAGAAGCUGGGACUGACGCGUAUACGAGACCGGAACUGGUAUGUGCAGCCAGCUUGUGCCACAACAGGAGAUGGACUUUACGAGGGGCUCACCUGGCUCACAUCAAACUGUAAAUCCUGAUUACCUCCUGCACAAAACUAGGAUAGAUAUCUACUGUGUACAUACACCAACUUUUUAUACAUUCUAUUCAUUGGCUUGCAUUUGUCUGAGGAAGAGGCAUGUUGUGUUGACAUGUCUUAGGUGCAGGAAUUGACUGCCUUGUGUAAACAGAUAUACUUACCUGCGUUUGGGUCUCAUGAUGGGGAACAGUUGCUGUAUUCAACCAGGAGUGAGAGAACUUCAUACCUGCUUCCACAAUAUAUCGAUGACGGCAAAGUGCUUUGUAGUCUACCUAUACUAUUGAGAUAUUUAACAAAACUGCUUAGGAAACAGCUUUUAGGUUUUACUGACCGAGAGGUCUUUAUAUGAAUUAUUUAUACAUGUACAAUUGGAUAUUUGGAUGACUGUGUGUCUAGUGGUGAUAGUUUUUGUUAUGUACAGUGUACAGUGGUUUAAGUGCAAUGUGUAAGGAAUCAGUUGGACAUUUAUUAGUCUUAUCACUACUGGCAUUCCAUGUGUGAAUCUGGUCUGAAUAGGAUACUAGAGGAACACUUUUCGCAGUAACCACUGAUUUGUAAUAUAGGCUGGCCAUAUAGCCUUAAUGUGAUAAAUAUGAAAAACUAUCAAAUGUAAUGGAUAAUCUUUUAAUGAUGAUAAAGUAAAUCACUUCAUGGCAAAUAUUUUAACUCUAACUACAUACCACACAAUUUUUCUUGCAUUUUCUGUGUGACUGUUACUCCUAAUUGAUACCUGGGGCUAUUUUGCUUAGAUGUCUGAAUGAUACACACUGAUAAAAUCAUAUUCCCAUCCUUCAUAACUAACCCAUUUGAACGAAAUGAUAGCCAGCAGUACUCCUGAGUAGAUAUUUGAAAAUCAGUAUAAUGGAGUAUAAAUGUUUUUGUCAAUAAUUAUUUACCCAAGAUCAAAAAUUGUCAAUAUGAUGUAAGAAGGCAUCGGGCCAAAUUUUUACUGGUCAAAACAUGAUUUUUGCAUGAUCCAAAAUACAAGAAAAAGAAAGACAUGGAUGUAAUUGUUAUUAUUAAAAUUUUCAUUUUUCUCCUUCAUGAAUGUUUUGAAUGGCUUAAUACAAGAAGUUAACUUAUUUUCCCUUUGUUGUCCAUGUUACAUUUGUGUUCAGAAGGGAAACUGGUUACUGUGUGUGAAAAUAUGUUUUAGCUUUUGAUAUUGAUAAGCCUCAGAUGCAUUUAUGGUAGUUCAUAAUUUAUAAUAAUGUGUGUUUUAACUUUUAUGCUGGAUUAUAUAUGUUAUAUAUUACAGUAAUUCUUACCGUAAGAAUGGCUUAACACCACUUCUAACCAAUCUGUCAAAAUACAUUAUGUGUUUCUAUUUGUUUUCUUAAAGAAUUUACACACUUAGUGUGGCACCUCUUCUUAAAUAGCGUAUCAAAAAAUUGCUUUCUCAAAUCUUAUGUUGAAUGACAUAAUUGUAAAUAAUUUGGCCAAAUAGAGUGACUGGCGUUAAUAGAUACCGGUAAUAUCUAUUUGAGUUUGCAAAAAAAUGUGUAACAGUAACUUAAUAUCUAAUUCAAUUCCUUGAUGUAGGCUAUUUUGUUAUACGCUAAUUGGUUAUAGGGCCACCACGUCAGUAGGUAGUUACAAUUAUGAGGUAUAUUUCUACAUGGUAGUGUCUAAUCUGUAUAUAUAUGGACAUAUAAUAAUUGUACUUUCCUUUUUUGUAAAAAUGGAUGAAACCAGUUUGCAUACAAGGUUGUUUUACUAAAAGGUGUUUGUAAUUGCCUUAUAUGUUUCAACAAAUAUGUGCAUACUUCAAUGUUUAAAUGAAUGUACAAAUUUUUGGUUAAGAAUUUUUCAUCAAACAUAAAAUGCAUCUGCCAUUGCCUAUUGGCACUAGAGACUUAAAUUCUCAUGGUAGAAACGUGCAGACGGAAAUAUCAAACAUUUUAAUAUUGACAGGUUUGACAGGCACAGCCAUAAAAUGUAUUGACCACUCAUACAUUGUGUAGAUAUGCUUUGCUUUAAUUUAUUUUCAAUACAUUGUAAAUGAUUCUUUUAAUAUUUCUAAUUAAUUAUAUGAGUUUCAAGUGGUAAUUUGUUUAAUUGUUAGUGUCUUAAUUUUAAUAUAUGUUUAAUGUUAAUACAUUUUUUAAGUGACUCUGUCUUAAUAAAAAGGCAUGUUAAAUGCAUUCUCUUAUUUUUUGGGUUGACAUUUUCCGAAUACUAUAUUGUGAGAAAUAUCAUCUAUGUUAAUAUAAUUCGAAAGCAACACAAAGGCAACUUUUAAUAAUUUCCCUCAUAUUGGCAUACUAUCAUUGAUAUUUAACCGUAUGAAAAUAAUAAGGAAUAUAAUAUUUUAGAAUAUCUGAAAGCAUAUUAACUGUAUAAUAGUCAGUGUAUUAUUGUAUGCUCAAUUUUGUAUAAGUCAUGGAUAUUAUUCUUAACUUCUUUUUUCAGUCAUAGACUGGUAGUCUAAUUUUGAAACAUCAUUUUUUUGCUAAAAUAUCUGAAACGUUUUCUGAUUCUUCCUUCCCUUUUUUCGGCAUUCAGAUGAACUCAUUUCAUGGUUUUAAAACAUUGAAUUGGGCAGAGGAAGGAUUGAUAUCUGAUCUCUAGAGCAUUUGAACAAAAUAUUCAUAGCAUACACUUUUAAGUUACAAACUACAUGAUAAAAAUAUCAUCAUUAUUUUAAGUGAAACAAAUUGAUGUCAAUGUCAGUGUAAUUAAGUUCUUAUUCAUGAUCUUCAACUAUCUCCACAAUUGUUUUCAAGAAAAAAAUGGCAGUUAUAGUAAAUUUUAGUUUUUUAGUAAAUUCUGUAAGAUUGUUAAAGAGAUCACAAUAAUCCAAAAUUCCCCAGCUUAGGAAGAAGUAUUACUGUCGAAGGCAUUCUAAUGAUAUUACUUUGAAAUUUAUUCUGGAAAUGGUAAAAGAUGUUGUUAUAAAUUAAGUUGCGCCUUAAAUGCAGAACUGCUAAAUGGGGAAAGUGACAACAGACCCUUAACCUUUUAUUAUCACCUACAGUUAACGUGUUCAUGCAACUGCCAUUAUUGAUUUCCCCUUAUAUUCAUUGAUGUACAAGGUAGUAUGAUACUUCAAACAUGUUAAAGUUUUUUCUCCUAAAAAUGGCAACACAAAUUUUGAUAAUCUAAGUAGUGUAAAAAAGAGUGAUGCUUUGAAUGGUUUGCUCAUAGUAAAAUACGAAAGUUGUGUAGGUGUUACCUUUUAAAUUAAUGUUAUAGUCUGAUGGUGCAAACUUUUUUAUUAUUCUGUACCAUAAUCUAUGAAAAUGUACUCUUCUAUUGUUAAUAUAUGCAAAUAAAGAAUCAGAAAUAAGCAACA